CCUGGCAAGUGCAUUCGUACCCGUAUUGGUCGGUACUACCUGUACUUCUCCUUGUCAACCGAAUUUACACUGUCGCGCGUCUCGCACUAUCGGGCGUCUAUUUUAGUUCAUUCGUUUGCCGUUAAAAUGGAUAUUACGCGAAAAAAGUGAUUGAGUGCUUAUGAACAGUGACUUCGUUUUGCACUUUAAACACUGGGGUGAUGUACGGUUUGUUUUGAAAUAAAUUUUGGACACUGCUGCCUAAAAGAUUGGGCGCGAUGCCCGAAACAGCCACCAGCACUGCUUCAGAUGAGCGCCCUCUGGCGCUCUCACGCCGCGAUUUCCCUUUGCCAUCUCCGGGAAGUUCCAAUAGAUCUUCCUCUGGGAGCCGAUUCGAAGGUCAGAUCCCCUACCAUCAUCAAGUACCUUUAACUCCGGCAAUGAGCCAUCACCGGGAAAGUUCAGCGUUCGUUCCCGUGGUCCCCUCUAGAAACAUGCAUCCCAUGCUGUACCCCGGAGAAAUUCAUCCACUUCUAGGGAUGGAGAAUCGUGAAAGAAGCGGAGAGAAUGCUAAAAAUAGUGAAGCAUCUCCGAUGCGCAAGUCUUCGUCAUCGUUCGACUUGAUGGCAAUGAUGGCUGACAAACGCAAAGAGCUCCAUCUUCGCGAGGAAGCGGCAUGCGUUGCCGCAGCGGCAGCUCACGCGGCAGCCCUCAUGCUUCCUCAUCGGCCCGGUCCUCCAGGUGCGAUGCUGGAGUCCCCCAAUGGAAGUCAGCCUCAUUCCUAUCCCGGAUUCCUGCCGACCAGUCCUGCGAAUUCGGCCAGCUUUACUUUCCCCGGAUCGGGAGCUUUGUUUCCUCCGGGGCCGCCACAAAUGCACGCCCAUCUCGAUAGACGAUUGUUGCGGGCUCCCGGCAGAGCGUCUAGACCGAAAAAGCAGUUUAUUUGCAAGUUUUGCAACCGGCAGUUCACCAAGAGUUACAAUUUGUUGAUCCACGAGAGGACCCACACGGACGAGAGACCGUAUUCCUGUGAUAUCUGCGGGAAGGCGUUCAGACGGCAGGAUCACUUGAGAGAUCAUCGAUACAUCCAUUCGAAGGAGAAGCCUUUCAAAUGCAACGAGUGCGGAAAAGGAUUCUGUCAGUCGCGAACGUUGGCGGUUCACAAGAUCCUCCACAUGGAGGAGUCCCCUCACAAGUGCCAAGUAUGCUCGAGAUCGUUCAACCAACGGUCCAAUUUGAAAACCCAUCUGCUCACCCACACGGACCACAAACCUUACGAGUGCAACAGCUGCGGCAAGGUGUUUAGACGGAAUUGCGAUUUGAGGAGACACGCUUUGACUCACGCUGUGGGAGAUGUUCCUGCUGAUGGGCUUGGCGAUGGUUUUAUUCCUGGCGGAGAUGAGGAUGGAGAAAGGAUGUCUCCCAGACCAAGAUCACCUUCACAAGAAUCAAGAGACGAUGGUAGUAUCCGAGUCUGCUCGCCAACUCCGGAACGAACCCAUUGCCACGAACCUCGUAGUACCUCGAGCCCAUACACUAUGCGUCCAUCAGUGAUAGACAAACUGGAUUACAGACAUGAAAUAGAGGACGACGAAGACGACGAUGAAGAUCCCGAGAUAGAUCCAGGUCAAGAAGACUGUCCGGAUGUGAUAAACGACCCGCCAGAACCCGUCAACAUCCGACCCGCCCCAUCGCCCAUGCCGCAACUCCAAAUCAGAAGAGACUUACUAGCAAAGCCGAGCACCGUAACCAGCAAAACUAUGGAGCACAACUUCCUCGGAGCGUUUAGAAAGCGCGGGUUCGACCAAGAUCGGCCCGGGUGUUCCACCAACCCAUUCCUUGGUUCCGCGAGGCCUAGGACGCCAUCCUAUUCGCACCAGCGACCGAUAACGCCGCCAAUGAAUCUCAGGAUGAAUAUUCAUCAUCAGUACCCAGCCCCCCAGAACCUUUCCAUGGUUCAAACUAUCGGAAUUCCUCCUACCAACGUGCUUAAACCACCCGACGGCUCACCGAUGAUGGGCGUACCGGGCCCGUCAAAGCCUAGUAUGGGCAACGUGUCACCCAGCAACAUUCCAAGUGAUUUGAGCAUGAAAAAGGAAGAAGUCCCCGCGGUAGCUCCGAGGCCUCCUCCGAAGAAGACUGGUUUUACUAUUGCAGACAUAAUGAGCAGAUAAUGUGACAUCCCACAUGGGUGAGUGCGAGAAUCAAUUCUAGGAGUUAUUUUUUCUGCGGAAAGUGGACAAUGAGAACUGGAGUGACAUUGACAUCAGUAUUUUAAUUGAUUGUAAAGUGAUAGUGUCCUAUAAGCUUUAUUGUUUUGAAACGUAGAGUAAGAAUUAUGAUUGUUUAUGUUCCUUUUUUACAAUUCCGUUUUCUUGUAGAUACAUUCUUUGUAGAUAUUUGAAAGGGACCGUUACUCGCAAUGUAAAUGAAAUAUUUCCAAAAAAAGUUGUUGGGGAAAAUGUAUUAAACGAGAGUGGCUGUUUUAAAUCAUAUGAUAUUGUAUUUGGUGUAUAUAGUAUAUUUACGUCGGGGUUUUCAACUUAUCGGUUUCCCUCGAUAUACAUAGGUACAAAAGCUCGUAAUUUAUUAAUUCUAAAUAGGGUUAUCAGCGUUGAGAAUGCACUUAUUCCACCUCGCAUGUUCGAGAUACAGUUACUUAAUGCUUGACCACGAAGCACAUGUUGCAUAGUGUGUAAUUUAAAUAAUGAGUGUUUUCCACGUGAUAUACGGAGUGAACAAAGUACUGCGGAUGUGUUUGAUCUGUUUAUAUUUGCGGACUCCGACUUGUUUUUGCGUUACUGUGUUAAAUUAAAAUUGCCUUACUUUCCUUACACCAAAAUGCAGUUUUAAUUUUCAUUUCAUUCCAAUAAUAGUGUAGUAGGUUCAUGAGCUUGUUUAUUACGUACUGUACACAAUGUUAAUACAAAUAGUGAAGAAUGUAUUGUACUUCUAGGUGUAAAUAUUUUUUCAUUGUUGUAAUUAGGUUAGCAGUUAUGAAAUAAUAGUUUUUGUCCAUUGAUUUUAAGAGUUUUUAUAAUGGAAUGUA